AUGUUCGAUAAACUGAAGAUCAAAGAGUUGCGGUGGACAUGGGCUACCUAUAGCAGUCUUGCUGGGACAGGGGUCCUCCUGUGGCGAUUGUUCGGCACUUUUCCUGCCUUUUGGCAUGUGGCACUCUACGCUGGCUUGGGGUUACUCGCACUCAUCUUCAUGUUUGCUGACUUCCGUGGGGAGUCUGGGUCCGGUGUCAUCUCCCGAGCGGUUGGCAAGGUGGCUGGCUGGUUCGGUGGUGGUGCUGGUGGCUUGCGAUCGUGA